GGAGGGGGCGGUAAUGCGCAUAAAGGCAUUUCCCAGCUGCCAAAGGCCAAAGAAGGAGCCACUUGGGCAUGCGCAGUAAAGAUCUACAUUGGCAUGAUCCUAACGUUGUGGUGUCGAUAAUCAGGAAGGAUCUACUUUGAGUGCCUGUCCAGUGUUAACUGGUCAAACGCGUGUGGGUUUCUGCGAGAUUGAGCCCAUCACCUUGCAAAGAUGGAUUUCCAGCAUCGAGCUGGAGGGAAGACAGGGAGCGGUGGGGUGGCUUCUGCCUCUGAGAGUAACCGUGAUAGGCGAGAGCGGUUACGUCAGCUGGCCCUGGAGACCAUUGACAUCAACAAAGACCCCUACUUUAUGAAGAAUCAUUUAGGGUCAUAUGAGUGCAAACUUUGCUUGACACUUCAUAACAAUGAGGGAAGCUACUUGGCUCACACGCAAGGAAAGAAACAUCAGACCAACUUAGCACGGAGAGCAGCCAAAGAGGCAAAAGAAGCUCCUGCUCAGCCUGCUCCAGCGAAAGUAAAAGUUGAGGUCAAGAAGUUUGUCAAAAUUGGUCGACCGGGAUACAAAGUAACCAAACAGAGGGACUCGGAGACCGGACAGCAGUCUUUACUUUUUCAGAUUGACUACCCAGAGAUCGCUGAAGGAAUUGGACCCAGGCAUCGUUUCAUGUCUGCUUAUGAACAGCGCAUUGAGCCCCCUGAUCGUCGCUGGCAGUACCUGCUUUUGGCUGCUGAACCAUAUGAGACUAUUGCCUUUAAGGUCCCCAGUAGAGAAAUUGAUAAAGCAGAAAACCGAUUCUGGACUCACUGGAACAGAGAAACUAAACAGUUCUUCCUACAGUUCCACUUCAAAAUGGAGAAAGCUCUUUCCCAGUCCAGCGGACCCCCACCUCCUGCUGGCGUGAAGCGCCCUCCUCCUCUCAUGAGUGGAGUUGGACAUCGCCCACAAAAUGAGUCUAUGCCUCCUCCCCCGCCAGGAGGGAUGCCCCCUCUCCCACCUGGUGCUCCGGGUACCCCCCAUAUGCCCCCUCAGAUGCCCAUGCCCCCCAUGCCAAUGAGGCCGCCUCCUCCUGAGGGCCUUAUGUCUAAUAAUUGAUCCCCUACCAGCAGAUCAUGAUUGCUUUCUUUCAUGGUGUUAUAAAUGACGUUUAAAGUCUACAUUUAGAUUUUUAUACAUCUCUUUGGUUUAUGUAAAUGUGUAGGGCAGCCCAUGUGACCCCACUGUUUUGUAUAAAUGCUUACAUUCUGGAUGUGGAGCUAUGAUUGAAAGUAGCUCGUCUUUUAAGAUUCUGUUUUUGUAAUUAAAUUCUGUGGAAAGAAAAAA